CAAAUCCAUGACCCACAAUCUCACCAGCGUGAUCAGCUUAUCCCUUCCACCAAGUCUGACCCUUCCUUUUUGUCCAUCCUUCCCCGCUCCUUCAGUCCCGUUCCCUGUGGCCUCGUUUCACGCUUAUCCCUCCACAGGUCGUGUCUGGUCACAGGGCUUUCUCCUCUCCCCCAGUUUCUCUCUUCGACCUGGGUUCUGGUACAGUGCUAACUCUGACCCAGACUUUUUGCCUCUCUCUGUCUCACUCAGCCUCUGAGCACAUCGUGGACCUGCCUCUUCCUGACAGAAUGACUGCACUGGCUUCUUGGCAGCUACUGCUUCUCCUCUGCAUCACCACCUUUGGGGAGCCACUGGCAAAGGUGGCACCUCUGGCAAACCCUGGGCCCACAGGCCAGCAGUCCGGAUCCCAGGAACUCAUCAAUGUCUGGGAAAAGGGCCCGCGGUGCGCAGAAGGGAAAUCUGAGGUUGCAGGGCUGCGAGCCCGUAGGACCUCGCCAUGCCCACCGGUUGAGAGCUCCGCGGGGCGCCAGCGACCCGCUUGCGCCGCUCGCAGUCGCCUGAUUCCGACACCCCGCGGAGCAGUGCUGGUGCAGCGCGAGAAGGACCUGUCAGCCUACAACUGGAACUCCUUUGGCCUGCGCUAUGGCAGGAGGCAGGCGGCCGGGGCGGCGCGGGCAGCAGCACGGGGCUGAGUGCAGGGCGGCGUGUGAAUUGUCAACCCAGUCUGCCAGCAUGCAGGGCUGGGGCAGGGGGCUUCUGGA